AUGGCCAAGUGUUUCACCAUUGCUGCCUUCGUUCUUUGCUUCGCCUCCAUUCUCAUCUCUGCCUAUGCAACAGAAAACUUGCAUGUUGAAGGAAGGGUCUACUGUGACCCUUGCCGCGUUGAGUUCCAGACCAAAAUCAGCGAGGGAAUACCGGAUGCUAAGGUGAAAUUGGUAUGUACCAGCCGUGAGAAUGGCACUGAGACAUAUAGCGUGGAGGGUACAACUGACAGCAGUGGCACAUACCGCCUAACCGUGGUGGGUGACUAUGAGGAAGAUAUAUGUGAGGUUAGGUUGAUGAAGAGCCCCAGAGCCGACUGCAGCGAACCAUUCAAGAGCAUUGAUUCUGCUAGGAUCCUCCUCACUAAGAACGUUGGAGUGCUGGACAAACUUCGAUAUGUCAAUGCUCUUGGGUUCAUGACGAAGGUGGCUCGACCAGAAUGUGCAGAAGUACUCCAAGAAAUGGGUUUCCUUCCUAUUGAGGCCUAA